GAGAUAAUUUUGUUGUCAUCGAAGAUGAUUGAACGGCGAUGACCGCAGAUUUUCACGCAUGAAAAGAAGGGAUUUACGUAGCCAUAGACUGUACACCGAUGGGAAGUUUGUCGGCGAUAAGAAAAGAGAAAGGAGCCGUAUGAAGACGGGGGACGACGACGGAGCACCCAGACCGGGAGAUGUGUCCUGAACAGAGCCAGCUGUGCUUCGGCACCGAGUGUCUAUGCCCACCAGCUUAUCCGUGACAGCUGAUCUCCAUGGAUGACCCGACUGAUGUGGACAGUUGAGUUAUAAUUUCUCGGAGACAAAGCUGAUCACUUGGCAAUCAUGUCUGUCUCAACGGUAUUGGCGAAGGCGUUGUUUGACAACACGGCAGAAAGCCCAGAAGAGUUGGCUUUCCGGAAGGGCGACAUCCUGAUGGUUCUUGAACAGGAGCAGAGCGGCGGGCCUGGGUGGUGGCUCUGCUCACUGCAUGGAAGACAGGGAAUCGCGCCCGCUAAUCGCCUUCGACUUCUUCAGACCGCCCCACCUCCUGGCUCAGACCCGCGUCGUGGCUCCAACGAAGACUCGGUCUACCUGUCGCCUAGUGGCCCUCUGGCUCGGACUGCAGAUGAUGUCGAUGGAGUUUAUCGCUCCCCGCCAGCGGCGGGUGAGGGACGGGGAGGAGGAGCGCCGUCAAGACCUGGGGAGCUGCGCAGAGUUGAGGGCGGGCGGCCACGCUCGCACUCUAGCUCAGGCACCCGGCCCAGACCCGACUGGGAUAUUGGGAUGGCGGGGCGUCCACGCUCACCCUCUUUGAGGGGACGAGGCACAGACAUGACAGGGGCAGUCUAUCAGAGUCCAGUGAGUGCUGCACCUGCAGCAGCUCAGCAUGCAAGGCAGCCAGGCGCUCACUUGGCUUCAGAGUCUGUUUAUCUUUCGCCCGCUGGAGUGCCAAGGGCCGCUGAUGAAGCAGAGGACACAUAUCUUGUUCCUAGAGAAACACUAACAACGGGACCCUCAGACGACUGUUAUUUGGUGCCCAAAGGUACACCUCUUGCAAGUGAUGAUGUUUACCAAUCCCCAACAGGAGGAGCUGUAGCCAAUGCUUUUUGCUCUAAUGGGCCAUUGCUACCCAGUGGAACUACAGGUACACCCCAGUCACAAGGGAGCCAGGACACACCUGGGGUGUACCAAUCACCCACCUCUGUGGGAGUAAGCCUUCAGAGGACUCCAGCAACAAUUCUGGCCCACCAUUACCCACCUCAGAUAUCCUCUGUUCAAGCAUCUCCUCGAGCCAUGCUCAAGGGAAUUUCACCGACCCCUGCUGCUGCCAGGGGCAAACCUGGCCUGGCCUCUCACCGGGGGUCCCCUUUGCUGAUCAGAGCCGGGCAGGUCAGAGCUCCUGGAUCACCAAAUUUUGCCCGUAAACCACCUCCCCCAGCACCUCCAGUGAGGAGCGUUACCAGGAAGGACGUACAUCAAGCAGCACCGCCUUCAGCUGACUCUAACUCUGUCCCCAAAUCUGCUGCUCAGCCGACUUCUGCAAGCCUGCAGAAAGAAGAGGACAAACCGAGGGCAGCCCCCCAGGGAAAGGAGGAAAGAAUGAGUAAUGGGCUGGAGAAGAGCAGCAGUGUGCAGAAUCAGAAGAGAGAAAACCAGGAUUAUUCAGAUCCUGUGGACGAUCAGGUCUAUGAUACCCCUCCCAGUGGCAGGUGGCAGCAUCCAGUCCCCUCUGCCCUCGGAGAAGAUGACGGCAUCUAUGACACCCCCCGCAGUGUCCCCCCGCAAGCUGACGCUGAGUCAGAGGUCUAUGAUGUCCCCACAAUCACUCUGACUAAGUCCACAGUUGAUGUCCAGCCUGAUGAAGCUGAUGAUGAAGUCUACAGUGUCCCUACACUUCCAGGUGUCCCUGUGGGACCAGGAGAGUCCACCAGCAGCCUGUGUGGGGAGGAAGUUCCUCAGGUUGGGCAGGUUUCUUGUGUUCCUGGAUCUGAGAAACGAACCAGUGGUGGAGAUAAUAAUCGCGGUGACUCUGAGCCCGAUGGUGGCAUCUAUGACAUGCCUGCUUUGACCAUUGAAGUCCUUCCUCAUUCUUCAUCAUCCUCUUCCACCUCCACACGCCGCCUCUCUGUGUCCAGUAAUGGUUCUGGCGAUGUGCAGUGGCGAGCCUCGCUUUCCAGUCUAGUCCACUCGGUGCUCACCGCAGUCUCCAACUCGGCCUCCACUCUGUCAUCACGGGACCUGGCUACCUCAUUGGCUGAAAUUCUGUCCACCUGGAAGGCCAGUCAUUCAGGUGAUCCCCCGCCGCCCCUUCAGCAGGCCUGGGCCCGCUUAUCAGACCUGCUUCCGGCGUUGUCCGCUGUGGGUAAUGCUCCUCCAUCGGAAGGGCUCUUGACGCUAGUCCAGCGCUCGCUUGAGGAAAGCGCCCUCCUCUUACAGGCUCAGGGCCGGCCUCGUCUGCCUUCCCAAGAAUCUCUGUCACGCAGGCCACUGCCUGCGCUCCCAGUGCCUGAUGGGAAGUCAUCGGGAGGUGGAAUGGGUUCUCGUAAAAGUAGCUGGAUCCAGGAGAGGCCCCUGCCCCCAACCCCUCAGCCUGCAUUUCCCUUGCCUCCUACUCCAGCCAUGGUGACGCUCACAGUGGGCCCUGCUGACGGAGAAGAUGACCCCAGCAAUGAGUACGCUGGGAUCGGCUUGACUCCCAUCCCAGCACCAGUACCUGCUGGAGACAGUGUUGGAUAUGUAAAGCUGCAGGGCAAACCUGAGCCGCCUCCUGACGCCCCCACUGAGAACGGACAGACACAAACUAUCACCGCAGAGCUAAGGGUGGCCCCGUCCCCUCCUCUGCCAGUGUCCCUUUCCCUGGAGGACUCGGAGCUGCUCUCCUUCUACUCCUCUCAGAGCCUCGCCCACCUCUCCUGCCUGGCGGACGCCGUUGACGUGCUGUUCAGCAGCGUGAAGGGGAACCAACCACCUCGAAUCUUCGUCGCCAGAGGAAAAAGUCUCAUUGUGACGGCACACAAGCUGGUGUUUAUCGGGGACACGCUCUCCCGCCUCCUCACCUCUGCUGACCUCCGGGCCAAAAUCACUACCUCAGGGGGACGGCUCUGCCAGGCUUUGAAGGCAGUUGUGGUGGCAACAAAGGGCGCCGCACAGAACUAUCCGUCAGUAUCCGCCACCCAGGAGAUGGUGGACUGCGUCGCUGAGCUCUCCCAGCACGCGGCCGGCUUCUCCACUCUGCUCCAGCGUCUGGCAGAAAUAUCUUCGUGAUGUUUCUUAUCGCUUGCGUUUAAAAAAAAAAAAAAAAAAAAA